ACUCCGAGAUUCUGUCAGGCAUUCACCGCCAUGUGUCGAAGUCCAAUGCAUACGCAUACCAGAAAACCAUCGCCACAUUUUACCAGCUCAGCACCAGUGCUGAUACCCAUUAUUGACAGCGAAAAGGACCUUCCCCCCCACCCCCAUCUCGAUACAGUCUCGAUGCGAUAUCACACCGACAGGCGUCUGCAUGAUCCACAGACCUGACGGACAUGGACGCAAGCCAUCGAUCGAGGGCUGGCUGGAUGCGCACGUGCAUAUGACCUCAUCGCUCACCAGUAUUGAAGCGUGUGCGAUGCUUGAGCUCAUGUGGCAGGAGCCAUAUGUCACGGCUGGGCUUGGACACAACACGAACAUUCCGAAUCACAGGGGCACCUGCAACCCCGCAGAUAAGCAGAGAUCUCACAUUUGGUCGUCCGUCUGUGCCCAUCUAUGUAUCGUUUCAUCGCACCGCUGACCUUGAUAUUGUUUGAGCAGUAUCCUGAUCUUGAUGCCCUCCACCCUGAAGCCCCGGAUGUAGCCCUCGCGUGUGAGGAGGUCCAGGAUCUGCACACUCAAGGGAGUGUAGACGGUGCGCUGCUCCAGGGCCUUGGUCCGCAGCAGCGCAACCACCAUCUCACACGCAUGCUGAAGAGAUGAAACCACAUCCAUUCGGUCGGCCAGUGCGCUGCGUCCUUUGUUUCUUCUCCCACCUGCAUUGAGGACGGUCAGCAAAAAGCGCCUGGAUCAGCGCAUUGGUGCUCAAACAUCC